GGCGGCUGGAGCCGGCUGCGAGCCGGCCAGGGCGUCGUCCGAGGCGGAGGCCGCUGCGUCAGCUGCCCAAGAGGAAGGAGAAGCAGGAGCAGCAGCCGCUGCCGCCGAGGAUGCCUGUCCCCGGUGGGGAGCCCAGCACGCGGGCGCCCGCGAGCUGGCUGAGCUGUAUUCCCCCGGGAAAAGGCUACAGGAAUGGAUUAGUGUCAUCCUGUGUUUCUCCUUGAUGUCUUUCAACUUCUACAGACUUCUCUUUUGCCUGAGACUGGAGCAUGCCUUCUCAAUUAUUGUUGGUAUAUUUGCAGGAGUCAUUACUGCUGACUUCCUAUCCGGUCUAGUGCACUGGGGAGCAGAUACCUGGGGAUCUGUAGACCUGGCAGUAGUUGGAAAGGCAUUUAUCAGACCUUUCAGAGAACAUCAUAUUGAUCCAACAGCAAUUACCAGGCAUGACUUCAUAGAAACCAAUGGUGAUAACUGCAUGUUGACGGUAGUUCCACUGGCAAACAUGGCCUACAAAUUGGUUUCUUUAUCACCAGAAGUGUUACACCAAACAUGCCCUUGGGAGUGCUACGUCUUUGCCCUGUCCGUAUUUGCAACCUUGACCAACCAGAUUCACAAGUGGUCUCAUACCUACUUUGGUCUUCCUCGCUGGGUAAUUUUUCUGCAGGACUGGCACAUUAUCCUACCACGGAAACACCACCGGAUCCACCACGUGUCUCCACAUGAGACAUAUUUCUGUAUUACUACAGGCUGGCUGAACUACCCACUGGAAAAAAUCAGAUUUUGGAGAUUCCUGGAGAACAUCAUUGAAGGACUGACAGGAGAAAAACCUAGAGCAGAUGACAUGAAAUGGGCCCAGAAAAUUAAAUAACUCUUGCCAGGCUUAUGCUGUUGUGAAAACCUGUUGCCAAUUUUUUUUAAAAAGAAAAAAGCCAUCAGCCAAAUUAAAAGACUUGCAGAGAGAUAAUGGACUAAAGCACAAAGCUUUUUAAAAAGUGCUAACAGACUGCAGUUAAAAGACUCACUCCUCAAAACAAUACUUGAAAAUGCAAAUGGAUAAUUCUCGUUUAUUACUGAGCACCUUCUGUUAGCCACAUUUGCUGAUACUGAACAUUGACGCUCCAAAGCCAUUAGUUGGAGAAGGCAGCGCACCUUCCUAGUAACAUUUGUCUUUGGCAAGGUAAUGUGUUGUAUCAACAUGAAUUUCCCCUCUGGAAAUAGUUUAAGACAAUAUAGAAUGACAAAGAUAGCAAGCUAGCCCCAGGUUUUUAAAGAACGAGUUCAAAGUUGCUCCAUGAGAAUCAGAGGGAAAGGGAUUGUCAUCACCAUAAUGCACUUAGUGUCUGAUGCAUCCUUCCAGUUGCUUCAUCUUGCUGUCAUGUCAAGACGUCGUCUAAAUGGUGUGCAACAAUAUUUGGGAGUCUCAUCCUAGUUGAUUACGGUUACUUAAAGCUGACUGUCUCCUAAAAUAAAGAAGUGUCCCAUUCCUUGAUAUCUGAACAGGCCAUUGCUGUAUCAGCCUAUAACUAAUUUGGUAGCAGUUGGGGAUGGGGGGACAGAAUGUGUUCUGCAGAAAUGUCAGACUUAAAUUACUUUCAUUGGAUCAUGUAGUGUUCAGUGAUUGGAUUUAUUCAGUAUGAUUCCUCUUCCAACAUGCAUUGUUUAAAAUAGCUAUAGAAAAUCGGUCAUUGUCAAAUUUGAAUGUUAGAAGGAAUAAGUUAAUGGUGUGUGUGUUUAAGGUGCUUGCUCAUUCAUGUAAAUAUCAUAAAGCCUUAACUUCUUUGGUGUAAUAUGGAAUAAUAUUUUAAUGUGGUCUGAAUGUAUAUAAUUUAUAACAAAGCAGUUCAAUUAUACUAAUUGCAUUUGUUAAGUCUUGUUGCCAUUUUUGAGGGGAUGGGUAAAAUUGCAUCUCCAGUGGUUUUUAAUCAGCAUAUGGAAGUGAAAUUAGUAGUGGCUUUUCUGUUUUGUAUACAAGAGUGUCCUACAAAAUACUUUUUAUUUUUAUGAUAGACUUCUGUGCCUUUAUAGGGAGAUUAGAUGGCUAGUCUCAGUGUCUGAAAUGCAACUAUUUUUCGCUGUAUUUUUUUUAAUUCAAGGAAAAGCUUACACAUUUGCUGUCAUCUGUAUUCCCCCCCUUCCUUAUACGUUUUGAGACUUUUCUAUUUAAGUACAAAAUCUUAACUUCAUACCAUGGCUCUGAUAUCUUGCCUGGAUAGCAUUGUGCCUUUGACACUCUAAAAUCUUAGUUUAAAGGAGAGAACGCUAAAAUUAACCAAAUGGAAAUUGGGAAAACAGAUACAAUUAAAAAACAGAGGAAGGCAAACAAAAGAGAUCCAUGUGCCACUUCUGAGGAACAAUCCAAAGAAAAGGGCCACUAUAGAAAAAGCAAGUAUCACAGACAGUCUCUCAGCUUUCACUGUGAUCGCAAGAUUUCUAAUUAUGAUCUUAAAGAUUGGGCAACCUCAGUCUAUUUCUUUCUCUUACUUUCAGUGUCAUCCAUUCCUGUGGCUUGGGUUGGUGCAUUGCUGUUGAUGGUUGUUUUUUUCCUUUGAGUCAGUGUUGACUCCUGGCAACUUCCUGGACUAGUCCCUGCAGUUUUC